GGUGACGCGUGUCCCGGGGUCCCGCCCCACACGGGGCUGCAGCAGUAGACCCCAGCUGCUGGCCCGGGACCGUCGAGGCUCAUGAUACCGACCGACGGCACCAUGUCGGUGCUGUCCGUUGCCAUUCUCCUGCUUUUCAGAGCAGCUACUUUCUCUGCCGCAGGCAACUGUGAAGUGUGCGUGGUCUUUCUCCACAGACUGUACGGCAGCCUGAACUCGGCCCACACGGAGCUCAGCCCCGUCCUGGUGGAGGAGGAGCUGGUCCGGGCCUGCACCGUGGCCCAGGGCAAGGAGGCGAGGCUGUGUUACUACCUGGGAGCCAGCAGUGAUGCAGCAACCCGCGUCACGGCAUCCGUCUCCCGACCUCUGGCCUCCCACGUCCCCGUUGAGAAGAUCUGUCAGCGGCUCGGCAGCGGGGACACACAGAUCUGUCAGCUCAGAUACGAGCCUCGGCCGAAGGAUCUGAGCAGUGACGGACUGAAGAAGAUGAGAGUUUUGGAGCUGAGGAAGAUUUUGGCCUCGUGGGGGGAGGAGUGUCGAGGCUGCCUGGAGAAACACGAGUUCGUCAGCCUCAUCCAGGAGAAAGCACCGCUGCACGAUCACACUGUGGAACUAUGAGUCGACAACUCGCCCGCGAAGCAGAAAGUCAAUAUGGCGGCGUGUCCUUUUAUCUUGAUUCUUUUGUCUUGACACAACUAGGACAUUGUGACUCAUCUCUCCUCAACCCAACGAGUUGUGGCUCAUCUGCAGAUGGUUCACGGCCCCUCUGACAAAGACAGCUCCUUCCUUCAAUCCAAAGGCCACUGUGCUAACGUUAGUAGAUUGAUAUGGUCUUUAACCUUGAAAUCUCAUGUUUAUCCUUGACAUUUGAACUUUAUUCUCAAUAUGCACAAUGUGUUUAUUCUCAACAUAAACCGAUAUGUGAACCGUC